CCUCCCUGCUCCCUCCGUCCCUCCCUCGGCACAAGUGCGGCAGCCCUUAGCAAGUAGCCGAGAGCUAUCUAAUUGUUUUGGCCUUUUCGCUCUUCAAAAACAUGUCCUACGCCUUUGUGCUGAAAGUCUCCCCGAAGAGGCCGCCCCUCGACAUGCUUGGCCGGGUCGCCGGCUGCUGUUACCACACCGAAAGAGGCGUUUAUGGAUACCGACCAAAACAGAGGCACCGUGAGGACAAGUUGCUGAGCGACCGCAUCGCCCAUUUAAAUCAAGAUCACGGCCUGGCCCGUCUGGUGGAGGCUUACCGAGCACAUGGACACAAACUGGCCAAAAUUAACCCCCUGCUGCCCCAAAAGCCCGUCCUGGACAGCGUCCCUGAGAUCAGCAUGCUCGCGGGCACCCUCGGUGGCCGGCUCAACACCUCCGGGCUGCGUCACUUGGGCAAGGCGGAAGCCUCGGCCGAGGAGGUCCGGGCCUACCUGGAGGAGGCCUACUGCGGCCACCUGUCGUUGGAGACCAGUCAGCUGAGCGGCGCGGAGGAGAGGGAAUGGAUGGCCGACCGAUUUGAGGAGCUCAGGACCGCCGCCUUCUCCUCGGACGAGAGGAGGACCCUGGCCGAGCUCAUGCUGGAGUCGCAGGAAUUGGACCGCUUUUUGGCCACCAAAUUUUCCACGGUGAAACGCUACGGCGGAGAAGGAGCCGAGAGCAUGAUGGUCUUCUUCCACGAGCUCUUCCGGCACUCGGCCCAGUCCGGCGUCACCGACGUCGUCGUCGGCAUGCCGCACCGAGGACGACUCAACCUCCUCACGGGCCUGCUCAAGUUCCCGCCGGAGCUGAUGUUCCGGAAGAUGCGCGGGCUGAGCGAGUUCCCCGACACGUCGCCCGCCACCGGGGACGUGCUGUCUCACCUGACGUCGUCGGUGGAUUUGGACGUGGGCUCGGGGCGGCGCCUUCACGUCACCAUGCUGCCCAACCCGUCCCACCUGGAGGCCAUCAACCCCGUGGUUCAGGGCAAGACGCGGGCCCGGCAGCAGCUCCACAAGGAGGGCGACUACUCGCCCCACGAGCACGCCCGGCCCGGUGACCAAGUCGUCUGUUUGCAGGUCCACGGCGACGCCUCUUUCCCCGGCCAGGGGAUCGUCCCGGAAACCUUGACCCUCUCCGACCUUCCUCACUACCGAGUCGGCGGCAGCGUCCACCUCAUUGUCAACAACCAAGUGGGCUACACCACUCCGUCCGACAGGGGGAGAUCCUCUUUGUACUGCAGCGACGUGGGUAAGAUGGUCAACUGCGCCGUGAUCCACGUCAACGGCGACCAAGCGGAGGAGGUGGCGCGAGCCACUCGGCUGGCUGUGGAAUACCAGCGGCGCUUCAGGAAGGACGUCAUCGUGGACCUGCUCUGCUACCGCCAGUGGGGCCACAACGAACUGGACGAACCUUUCUUCACCAACCCGGCCAUGUACAAGAUCAUCCGCUCCCGUAAGAGCGUCCCCGACUCCUACUCGGACCGGCUCGUCUCCGAUGGCUUGAUGACGGAGGCCGAGCGCGGCCGGAUCAAGACGGACUACUACGGCUCGCUCAACGACAAGCUGGCCAACGUGGACGCGUACGCCCCGCCCGCCGGCAACCUGCGGGGCCGCUGGGGGCACCUGGCCGAGCCCCAGGCCCGGCUCAGCUCCUGGGAUACGGGCGUCCCCCUCGAGCUGCUGCGCUACGUCGGCGCCAAGUCCGUGGACAUCCCCGAGCACGUCCGCUUGCACGGCCACCUGGCCAAGACCCACGCGCAGGCCCGACUCCAGAAGCUGGAAGAGGGGACCAGACUGGACUGGUCCACGGCAGAGGCUUUGGCUUUGGGCUCGCUGCUUUGCCAAGGCUUUGACGUCCGUCUGAGCGGGCAGGACGUGGGCCGCGGCACCUUCAGUCAGCGCCACGCCAUGGUGGUGUGCCAGGACACCGACGACACCUUCAUCCCGCUCAACCACCUGGGCCCCGAGCAGACGGGCUUCCUGGAAGUGUGCAACAGCCCGCUGUCCGAGGAGGCCGUGCUCGGCUUCGAGUACGGCAUGAGCAUCGCCCGGCCUGACCUCUUGCCCAUCUGGGAAGCUCAGUUUGGAGACUUCUUCAACGGCGCUCAGAUCAUCUUGGACACGUUCAUCUCCGGAGGCGAGGCCAAGUGGCUGCUCCAGUGCGGGAUGGCCAUCCUCUUGCCCCAUGGCUACGACGGAGCCGGGCCCGAGCACUCCUCUUGUCGCGUGGAGCGCUUCCUGCAGAUGUGCGACAGUAAGGAGGAGGGCGUGGAUGGUGAUACGAUCAACAUGGCCGUGGUCAAUCCCACCACGUCGGCGCAGUAUUUCCACCUGCUCAGGCGGCAGAUGAUCCGCAACUUCCGCAAGCCGCUCAUCGUGGUCGGCCCAAAGAUGCUGCUUCGAUUUCCCGGGGCCGCAUCCAGCUUGACAGAAAUGGCGCCGGGGACGUCCUUCAAACCAGUGUUGGGGGAUACGUCGGUCGCGCCCGAAAAUGUCCAGAGGGUGGUGCUGUGCUCGGGGAAGCACUACUACGCCUUGCAGAAGCAGAGGGACGCCGGCGACGCGGCCCAGCGCCGCUCGGUGGCGCUGGUCCGCUUGGAGGAGCUGUGUCCUUUCCCGCUGCACGCACUCCGCGUGGAACUGGACAAGUACGCCAACGCCAAAGAGUUCGUCUGGAGUCAGGAGGAGCCUCAGAACAUGGGCCCGUGGUCUUUUGUGGCCCCCAGGUUUGAGAAGCAGCUGGCCUGCAAGCUGCGCCUGGCGAGCCGCCCCGCGCUGGCCGCCCCCGCCGUGGGCAUCGGCAGGAUCCACAAUCAGCAGCAAGAGGCCCUCCUCAGUGCUACCUUCUCUUAAAAAGACGACAGAAGAAAGACUCUCAGAGCCAAUCAGCUGGGAGCAAGUUCACCACGAGACUUUGGACACAAAUCAAGUCGCCAAGUGCAAGGCGUCUGCCGCGUUGGGAUGGAAUUG